GUAAACAAACAUGGCGAACGGGGCGGAGCCAUCUGCCGCUGGUCCCGAGCUUGAUGUCGGCGUAGAGGCUGCAGAGAAGGGCGAGGAAGCUAAAAUAACCCAUAAUGAAAGCCCAGUGGAUGCAGAGACCAGCCCAGCAGUCAAUGGGGUGGAGGUUCACUGGGGCUUCUCCUUAUCUGAUUUGUACCGGAUCGCUCUCAAGUUUUAUAAAGAAAAGGAGGGCAAGGCUGUCCACCUUGGCUAUGCUGAGAAGUGUUCCCUGGUUGGCCUUACCCAGCAGGUGACUCAUGGCCCCUUUGACCCGUCGUCCUCGCCUCCCGUGGGUGUGCUGGAUGUUGUGGGCAAGGACAGGAGACUGGCGUGGCAAGCCCUAGGGCCCAUGACAAGGGAGGAAGCUAAGCAGCAGUUCAUUAACAAACUCUCAGACCUCGUGCCAACCUUCCGCCCGUACGUGGAGGCUCUGUGGGCCGACAAGCUGGAGAAGGAGAGAUUAGCGAGAGAAGAGGAGGAACGGCAGAAGGAGGAGGAAGAGAGAAGAAAGCAGGAAGAAGAGGAGCAGAGAAAGGAAGAGGAAGAGAGGAAAAAACAGGAGGAGACCAAGCGGCAGAUCCAGGAGGCGCUCAACCAGCAAACCUACGACCAGUUCAGGAAAUACGCAGAGCAGCAGUACCCGGGCAACCCUGAGCAGCAAGCAGUUCUCAUCAGACAGCUGCAGGACCAGCACUACCAGCAGUACAUGCAGCAGGUCUACCAACAGCAGCUUCUCCUACAGCAACAACAGCAGCAGCAACAGAACCAGCAAGAACACAACACUGACGCUGAUAAUGUCAAUGAACAGGAUGGCCAAGACAGCCAGACAGAUGGAGGGGAGGAGAGCCCCGGCCCUGCAGAGAAUGGCCAUGACUCUGAAGGGGAAGGGGAGUCUGAGGAGGAUGAGGAGGAUGACUCCAGCCAGAAUGUUGCUCCGGCCUCCAUGUGGACAAGAAGAGACAUCAAAGACUUCAAGGAGUCCAUCAAGCGUGAGGGAGGAGACUCAGUUAUCAAAGUUGGCCACGGGGAGACUGUCACUGUUCGGGUGCCCACACAUGAGGAUGGGACUUGCCUCUUUUGGGAGUUCGCCACCGACAAUUAUGACAUUGGAUUCGGGGUUUACUUUGAGUGGACGAAGGAUUCAAGCAACGUGGUGUCUGUGCACAUAUCAGAGAGCGAGGAUGAGGAGGAGGAGGAAGAGCCUGAAGGUGAGGGGGAUGAUGUGGAGAGGCUGGCUGGCAGGAAGUCUGAGAGUGGACGCCCUGCACAGUCGGUGAUCAUCCCAGUGUACCGCCGGGACUGCUACGAGGAGGUGUACGCCGGGUCCCAUUCCUACCCCGGCACUGGCGUCUACCUCCUCAAGUUUGACAACUCUUACUCUCUCUGGCGCAGCAAGACGCUCUACUACCGCGUCUACUACACCAGGUGAGGCAGCCCCGCCCCCUCCUGCGCCGUGGCCUGCCGGCCUCGCCACAGGGCACGCCAGCCCCUCUCGUGGGAGGUGUAGGUCUGUCUGGCCGCCUCAGCUAACAGCAAGGACAAAUUUUGCUAUUUUUGUACAUAUAUUUUUCAGGAGGUUUAGGUUUCCAUAAAAAAUAUGCUUGAUUAUUGUCCAAACUUUUUUUUUUUUUUUUUUUUUUCAUUGUACAUGUCUGACUGUGGCAUGUAUAUGUUUGUUUUGAGCUUUUUCUUGAUAGAUAUUACUUGCAGAGGAGUAAUGGUGUGAAGGCAGUUGUAUAUAUACAUAGAGAUGAUAAAGCUCAACUAUUAAUCUUUGUUGACACCAUCAGUCAUCUUGACAUUUUCUAACAUUAUUAAUCUUCUUAUGAACAUCUGUUAUCUCCAGUUGACUGUUGACACAUAGAAGUUUGGCUUGGCCCUUCUCAGUUCUGUGUGCCUGUCUGAGUUCUGCUUUCCUUUGUUCCCUCAUGAAGUGAACAGCCAGGACUUGUGGAAAUCUGCACAUUUGGAUCCCAAACUCUCGUUUAACUGUCAGGAGCUUACAGUGAGUGUGUCUCAGUGGAACACUUCCUGAUUGGUUCAAGUCAAAUCAUUACCAUUGGCAUAGUACAAAUUUUCUUAGAUGACAUUCCCUGGUACAACUCAUUUGAAUUAAGAAUAAGUGAAUCUGCAAAACUAUUUCCACUUCACUUAAAGUAGGAGACCAUCUGAGAGACCACUCACCCACCAGUCCUGGGUUGGAGGACACUGUGCAUGUGUGGAUUGUGGUGAAGCAUUUGUUGAGUAUUCCAAAUUUUGCUUUUCAAGGAAAACACGUGAGCAAAAACUACAAGAGGCUGCUACAAGUAACAGGUUUUGAUCACAUCACUGCUAGCAAUGUUAUGUGAUACACUGAUUCUCUGGGAGUGCACUUUUUUGUCACUGGUAUUCCUUCCUCACCUAUUUAAAACAUUCACUAUGUUGCUUGGACUGAUCUGAUGCUUGCAGAAUAUAUGUUGUGUUUGCCAGUGUGUUUUCAUUGCAGUAAACUCCUGAUGCUUGUGUUGUCUGGUGCAUGCACAAAUACCAGUGCUUCCAUGUAGAGGAGCUCAAGGGCCUGGCAGGUUAGCCACCAGGUUCAUUUUGUAGCUUUGCUUUGAGCUGUUGAGCUCUGCACAUCAUGCUGGCUUACUCUUCUCAAUUUACAUGACUUCCAGAAACAAAAAAGUUAAGGAAACUUGGUUUUUUCUCUGAGAUGUUUCCUUUACAUGUGUGGUUUUGUAAGAGGUCUGAAUUAAUGAUAGUUAUAUCCUUGACUACUUAAUUAUGAUAUAGGGUGACAGUGGUGUACAGAUGUACACAGAUGAUGAUGUGACAUGAAUCCUGAAUGAUGGAUGCAUCUCAAGAAUUGCCAGACAAUGUGAAAUCAAAGCAAAGAGGGAGACAGUUUCCAUCAUGCUGAAAUUUAACAGUGCACACUAGGACACCAGAUGUAGGCUCACAGGAAUGCAUCAGAGCUGCCAUACAACUUGACGAUAAUGCUUAUUGUCUCGGGACUCAUUCAAUAUGGUAACUGAUAUACAAACAAUUGGCAGUUCCCUUAUUCUUUUAAUGCCUAAAUAUUCACUGAGAUACUGAUCUCAGACCUCAGACACACAGCAUCUCCAUGUUGAUUAGAGCAGGUACACUUCAGCUCUAAAACCUCUGAGUGCAAAAUCCAUUUUUUUAUUGCUGUGAGUUUGAAGUUCAUUGUAAAGGCAUACAUUUGUUUCAUAGAUGUAAAGGUUAGUUAUUGUUCAUUGACAAUUUAACAACACAGGAACAAGUCUUAUCUUUAUUAUUUUCUAUUAUGCCAAAUAUGAAUUCUUGAGUGACUCAAGUAUUCACUGUUGGGGCAUUAUGUUAUUCAACAUGUACAUGAAACUCUAUAAACAUGCUUUUAAAACAAAGCAAAAAGAUUUUCUUUCAAUUAUAAUCACACUAAACUUAUUCAUUUUUCUGG